AAAAAACAAAGGUGACUCGAUCAUAGUUUUUAAAUUACUUAGUGACAAAUUUUUAUUUAGUAUGGAUUUAUUUUUACCGUCUUUCGAAAAAGAGAACUUAUGAGGACACUCUAACAAUUUCCACCUUUCCAGAACUAGUUACUUGCCUACUGGCUAUUGACAUCUAGAAACUCAUUAACUCAACGCAUGAUUGAAUCACCGUCUGUCGACCCAUUUGAAAUAAAGUUACAUCAAGUAAGGGACCGCCAUCACCAUGUUUAACACGGGCCACUCAGCCUCCUUUCCUUUCAUAACUGAAACUGAAAAUUAAGACAUUGGUUCUGCAAACAAGGUAUUGUAUAUAGUACUACCACGUUGCAAUUUCAAAUAAUGUAUGUGGAGGCUACUUUGAAUGGGUCGGCUCAGGCGUUCUGUACACAAAAGGCUCGCCAUUUUCUUUAAGCGUAAAAAUGCGCACGACUGUUGAAUCAGAUUGUUGCUUGGUUUCAGUGACCGGUGUUGAUAAGACAGCGAUUACUAGCAAUGAGACUGAGAUUCUCCUGAAUUCGCAGACCGAUCAUGAAUCGUGUUCUCCUUCGGUACAGUCAUCUAGUAGCUGUUCCACAACAUCACAUCGCUCACAGGAGUAUCCUCCUUCUCAUAAUAGCAUUUGUCAUACCAGUGGAGAAAAAAGCAAAUGCAAAGAUAAUGUUGGAAAGUCUAUUAGAUUUUCUGGUGUUACUGUGUAUUCGUUCGCACGUCAACAAGGCUUUUCAUCGAUUCCUGACAAUGGCUGGUGCACCCUUGGUAUGGCUGAAAAACAUUUCAGUGUUUCUCAGCUAGAUCUUCGGCAGCAUAGGAUUUUACAGAAACUCCGACGCAGACAACAAAAACUGCUCUCCCCAAAAUGUCAGUUUGUUGCCAAUAUAUCUGGUCGCGGACGUGGCAAGAAUAAGAUUAGAGGAAAAGGUAAGCGUGCAAAUGGACUAUGUAGUCGUAGUCCCGGCGAUUCAUGUCGUGUACCAAUGUUGUCACCACCUCCACCACUGUCUCCGCAAAUCAGUUACGACAAGGUUAAUUCUGUCGAUCAAACAGACAACGCUAUUCUUAGUUCUCACGCUACUCCUCCACCUUGUUUGUCCCCUCCUUCACCAAGAAGGUUUCUCCACACUUUGGAUGAAUCUUUAGUCAACAACAAUAUAUGCAACUCACUUGAUUCUCUGGAUACAGACUCUGAAGCUUCUCUUGAUUAUGUUCCUUCUGUAAACUCAUCUAAACGUACACAAAAUAAUUCGCGAGAAAAGUUGAUGCCUAUAAAAUCAGCUGCAAGAAUAAGACUUUUGAGAUCAUCUGGUGUGAAAAUUGAUGAAUCUGAACGUCUUGUGUGCUCAUUUAUACGGGCUAUGCGCUCCUGUGUUGGUUGCAACUGUGGUCCGAAGAAUUCAUGUAUACCUGGUCAGUGCUCAUGCGCAGAUGAUGGAAUUCCUUGUCAGGUUGAUCGAGCAUCCUUUCCUUGUUCUUGUUCAGCCAACGGUUGUCACAACCCAAAUGGUCGUAAUGAGUUUUCUCGUGAACAAGUCCGUACACAUACUCAACAUGUAUUGGCACGUUUGGCCAGUGAUAAUUCUGUUCAGCCUGUUAAAUCUCCACUGGAUAUGUCAGAAGCAGUGCUUAGUACUCCGAACGGUGCUUGUUCACUCUGUUUAUACUGUUCCAAAACAACUACAGUGUCACCAAAUAGUCCUAUUUCUUUGUCCGGUAAUAAAUAUUCUGAACCAGUCCAACAAUUGAACUUAUCUUUAGACAAUCAGUUUCUUUCAACUUCAUGUACAGAUGUAACACACAUAAAGGACUCCAAUAUAUCUCCUAUAGAUACAACCGAAGAUAAUUGGUCGGAUCAUAGUCCAUAUUCCAAGCCUUUGAAAAGAAGUCGUUUAAUUUCAAAUCAUGAUAACAGUGCUGAUAAUCAAGUUGUACAAAAUUCUGUCGUCCCAUCUCUUAGCUUUUCUGGCUCUCCAUUGAUAAUUGAUUUAACGUUGUCACCAGAUGAACAAUCACCCAAUAACACUCCAAAAUCUACUCGUAGUCGGAAUCGAUUGACAAAUAACGAACAAACACCCCUUAGUAAACAAUCAGGUCCGAUGUAUAUUCCAAAAGUUCCGGAAUGUGCUUCACAAGAUGAUAAUUAUAUUACAACUAGUGAUAUUCCUGAAGCACCUAGAUCAUGUUUUACAAAUGGAAUUUCAAAGGAUGAUUCAUUAUUGGAUAUUUCAGUAAUUAAUAACAAUAAUAAUAAUAAUAAUAUCAAUGAGGAUUCUCAAUCUGUGACAAUAAUUAUUCAUCGACGAAGAUCACGUUCAGCUGAUACCACAGGAUCAUGUGACGGUGAUAAUUUUCCCAUGGAGAUGAAAAAUAAUCAUCCAAAAAAUGUUGGUAGCAUUCUUAAACAUAUCUUAUCACUAGAUUCUGUUGUUUGCGAUGUGACUAAGUCCAGUUCAAGUAUUAAGCAAUUAUCUGAAGUCCCCAAUCAGUUUGAAAAUGCGAAAUCAAAUACUUGUUGGCCUGUUACUUCUAUUAUGAAUGCCGAUAAAGAUUGUCUUUUGUCAAAAUCAGCACCAAAUAGUCCAUGUUUACAAAAAAAUGAUUUUCCAUAUGGUAGAAUUUCUUUACGUCGUCGUGCUAUUCCACGUACUCCAAUAAUAACACCAUUUAGAAAAGUAUUAACACAAUCUAAUAAUCGUUUUCAUAAACAAUUUAAUUUAUUAUCAACUUCUAGAAAUAAAUCAAAUUUAUCCAUUAAUGAUAAUCUAUCAACAUCUAAUUUACAGUCUUGUUAUAAUGAUAAUACUACUACCAGUAGUAGUAGUAGUAGUAGUAGCAGCUGCUGCUGCAACAACAACAACAAUAAUAAUAAUAAUCUUAUCACUGAAAUUCCUUCACAACCAUCAUCAUCGUCAGCAGCAGCAGUAGCAGAAGCAUCAGCUUCAUCUAGUGAUGUGAAAAUUCAAUCCAUUGUAUAUUAAUCAUUGUUAUUAUUGAAUAAAUUCAACAGAUAAUAAUAUAUAUGUACAAAGACUGUUAGCACUUUUCUCUCUCUCUCUCUCUACAUUUUCAUUUCUAUCUUAUACUUUUUCACAUUGUAUGUUAUACUUGUGUGAAAAAUAAAUGAAUUCUGAUUCAUAAUGAUUUAGUAUCCAAUGAAGUUUCUUUAUAGACAUUCUUAAUAAUUUCAAUAAUUAACAUCAUAAAUCCAAUGAAAUCAGAUGAUUAAAGUAUUACAGUUAAUUCUACAAUAGAACAAAACAAUAAUCAUUUAAUCAUUUUAAAUUAUUCUCAUAAUGAUCUAAUUACAAUUGAUUUAUGAUUUUAAUGAUUGAAUUUACAUCAUGAUGGAUUAUUUAACAGCAUUACACAUAGUUAUCGAAUUGAUUUUAUCUUAUUUUAUUUAAUUAGUAAUACUACUAUUACCAAUAAUAGUAGUAUUUUUCGGAGUGGGGGUGGUGGGUGGGCAGGGCGGUUACUAUAGAGACAAUGAGAAUUGUAUCUGAUUAUAUGUUUAUUGAUCAUCUUCAAUUCUCUUUAUUUCACUAAAAAUUUUUUUCUGUUUCAUUCUUAAAAAAGAAAUUCAUUCUAAUCAUAACUGGAUACAAUAAACAUAUCUUGUCCUUUUUUUCUUUCUUCUAUUGCUUUAUUGAAUAAUACUUUUUUUUAGUUGAAACACGUUUGUUAAAAACAUUCAACUUUCAUCCAGUUGAACUCCUUGUUCGAGUUCUUCUUUAUUUCAUUCUUUCGAUUUUGUUCAAUUGGAUAGUAUUUCAUAAUAAGAGUAUGACUAAUAUCUAAAUAAUCAGGAAAUACGUUACUCUUUCUUUUUAAUUUUCUCUUUUCUUUUUUAGUUUCGAAUUUCUCUUUUUUUUUACCUUCUUUAUUCACUUUCUCUCUUCUUAGUUUUGUUAUUCAACUUAUUUCUAAUUACUUGAUAUUAGUUUCUUUCCUGUAUUAUCAUCAUCAUCAUCAAAUAGUUUUUAUUUCAUUAUCUAAUCAUCAUCAUUUUGAAUUGAAUACUUGUAAAAUAUAUAGAAUUAAUGUGUAGUUUUUGUAUUGUGUAUGAUGUACAUUUAUAUAAGCAUAGAUACAUACACAUAGUUACUUAAAAGAAGAAAAGUAAACGAUGGUGAUUAAUAAUAAAAGGAAUUAUUCUAUUGUCUU